AUGACAGGAUUUUGGGCAGACGAAUGGCAAGCUGACAGACCUCUCGAAGCGUCCAGUAAUUUAGCUGACCAGAAAAAGCAAACUGUUCUUUCUCAAUCUGCACGAUCCGGUCUACAGUUUCCUGUCGGACGUAUUCAUCGUUACCUGAAAGGACGGGGCCGAAAUAAUACGCGUGUCGGUUCUAAAGCGGCCGUCUACUGCGCGGCUGUUUUGGAAUAUUUGACAGCCGAAGUCUUGGAAUUGGCGGGCAAUGCGACAAAGGAUCUGAAAGUCAAGCGCAUCACCCCUCGACAUUUGCAGCUGGCUAUUCGAGGUGAUGAAGAGUUGGAUGCUCUUAUCAAGGCAACGAUUGCUGGCGGUGGUGUUCUUCCUCACAUCCACAAGAACCUUAUUGGCAAGACGAAACUCGGCGGCAAGAAGAUGUAA